AUGCUUGCCAUCUUUUUUAUCUUCUUUUUUCCUUCUCUCUCCCUCUCUCUCCUUUCAGAUAUCAUUAUCGAGCCUAAAAGCUUCCAACAACUCGAUCUAGGCGGUCUGGCUGGGCCAGAGAGCAUAGCCUUUGAUCCAUUGAAUCAUGAUCCUUAUACGGGUGUCUCAGACGGUCGAGUUCUUAAAUGGCAAGGCGCGGCCCGCGGCUGGAUUGAGUUUGCGGUCACUUCACCACGCAGGAACGAGGAGUGUAACGGCCAUGAUAAUCCUUGGUUAGAAGACAUGUGUGGUAGGCCACUGGGCAUGCAAUUCAGUAAGGCCACCGGCGAUUUGUACAUUGCGGAUGCCUAUUAUGGGCUCUUUGUGGUGAGGCCCACCGGAGGAUUGGCCAACCAGCUAGCCAGUGGGGCCCAAGGGAUCCCCUUUCGCUUUACCAACGGUCUGGAUAUUGACCAGGCAACCGGGAUUGUUUAUUUCACAGACUCUAGCAUGAUAUUCCCAAGGAGGGAUAACACAUUGGUCAUUAUAAGCGGCGAUCGGACAGGAAGAUUGUUGAAAUACGAUCCACGGAGCAAAGAGGUGACGGUGUUGCUUGAAGGUCUUGCCUUUCCAAAUGGGGUGUCAAUUAGUAAUGAUAGCACAUUCCUCCUCAUUGUAGAGACCACCACUCAAAGAAUUUUGAGGUUUUGGCUUCAGGGUUCUAAAGCAGGAGCCCUUGAAGUUUUUGCCCAGCUAUCAGGAUACCCAGAUAACAUCAAAAGGAACCUUAGAGGAGAAUUUUGGGUAGCUAUCGCCAUUGGUAGUGAGUCCAUCAACGAUGUGAUAGGAAUCUGUUUUAAUGAGAAUGGUGAGAUCACGGAGGUAUUAAAUGAUAAUUUUGGAAUGAUCACUUCACCUCUCAGUGAAGUAGAAGAAAACAAUGGGAGUUUAUGGUUGGGAUCUGUGGUCGCUCCCGAUGUAGGCAUUUACAGGCUUUAGAUACUUAUAUAGUUGAUUUGUUAGUAAUGUGGUUAAUUAUAACAUUUGUUUAUGUUUUCAUAAAAUUAUAUUUUGUUCAAUUUAUUGAAAUAUUGAACCUAUGCUCAUGGUUUGAGUUAGUUGCACAUUAGACUCUAAAACUCACUAACUUAAAAUCAAGUCAAAGUAAGUCGCUCGCUUAAGUUGACUUUUAUAUUAGAGUUUUGAACUCAAGAUCUCUAAUUAAGAGAGAAAUGUCUUUGACCAACAAGUAAAGCACCAAAUAAUUACAUGUUCUUUCAUUAUUUAUAUUGGAGAAUGUAGCAUAUGCGACCCAUGUGGAGGGAGGGAGGAAGGAAGAUAGAAAUUGAGACUGUCAUGUGGAACAAACAUGCAUCAGAUCUACGUUGUCUAUCAGUGGCCGUCACAUUUUCACCAUGGACCUGAAAUUUCAAUAAAAUUCAAAAGUAACAAGACCACACUGCAGGGAACAUUCCAAAAACCUUUAAAUUCACUUGUGCCAACAUAAGCAUUAGAAUGUCUUAGUUUUCGAGGAAUAUAUAUGUUAAUCCCGGUGUGGAAUGGGAGUGAGUCGAUUGGAUUGCAUAUAAGCACCACAGUGGACCCCACAUGCAAUUUGGAUUAUUUUAAUGAUGGGAUUUCCCAUCUUAGUUGUCCUCCAUGGUGUGGCCCACUUGAGUUGAAUUAACCUGAGUUUUGGAGCCCUAGUCCAAACACACGGUGAUGCACUUGUUUGAUGGGGUGGAUCUCAUCCACAUGAAGAUGUUCCCUCUUGCGUUCACAUUGGAAAUUGGAUAA